AUGACCGGCGCCAACACCAUCGCCGCCGCCCUCGAGCGCCACGCCACAACCGUAACCCGCCUCUCCUCCCAAAUCUCCUCCUUCUACGCCUCCCGCCUUCCCUACCGCAUCUUCCACGGCUCCACCAACUCGACGCGCCCACCCACGCAAAAGGGUAACACCAAAUUCGUCGACAUCUCUUCUCUCAACAAUGUCCUUUCAGUAGACAAGACCACCAAGACGGCGCUGGUAGAGCCCAACGUGCCCAUGGAUAAGCUUGUGGAAGCCACGUUGCCGCAUGGACUUGUCCCGCCUAUCAUCAUGGAAUUUCCUGGUAUCACGGCCGGUGGAGGUUUCGCUGGAACCGCAGGAGAGUCUAGUUCUUUCAGACAUGGGUUUUUUGAUGAUACGGUUAGGGAGGUGGAGAUGGUUCUUGGUGACGGCGAGGUUGUCAAAGUGAGGAAUCCGGAUAUCGCCAAAGCCGAGGCGAAGGGUGCAGCCGUGGAGGUUGAAAAGGGGGAUUUGUUCAGAGGAGCAGCUGGUGCGGUCGGUACCCUUGGCACCACCACCCUUUUGGAAGUCCAGUUGAUGGAAGCCAAGAAGUACGUCAAGACAGAGUACAAGCGCGCCAGCAGCGUCGCCGAAGCAAUCCGCAUGGUCCGCGAAGAAACCCAGAAGGGGGAUAACGACUACGUAGACGGCAUCCUCUUCAGCAAAGACCACGGCGUGGUGGUCACGGGAAAACUCGUCAACGAGUUGCCUUCGGAUCUCGCCAAGCCGCAAACCUUCAGCGGAGCCUGGGACCCGUGGUUCUAUCUGCACUGUCAAGAGAAGACCCUCACUUCUGAGAAGGCGACAGACUACGUCCCCCUAGCCGAGUACCUCUUCCGCUACGACCGGGGCGGAUUCUGGGUCGGCGCCGCCGCCUUCCAGUACUUCUCCUGGGUCCCCUUCAACCGCCUCACGCGCUGGUUUCUCGACGACUUUUUGCACACCCGCAUGAUGUACCGCGCCUUGCACGGCUCGGGCGAGUCCGCGCGGUUCGUGGUGCAAGACAUCGCCAUGCCCUUUGAGACGUCGGAGGAAUUUGUCAACUACACCUCUUCUUCUCUCGGUAUCUGGCCCCUGUGGCUCUGUCCCCUGAAGCGUCGCGCGCCGCCUACUUUCCACCCGCACACCACGCGCCCUGGCACCUCCCUUGGUCCUGCCGACGAAAGCAAGCAAGAUAGCAUGAUGCUCAACAUCGGCGUGUGGGGAUGGGGUCCCGACAAGCCUGCCGAGUUUGUGGCCAAGAACAUCGAGCUGGAAGAAAAAGUGCACGAACUGGGCGGCAUGAAGUGGUUUUAUGCGCACACUUACUAUCAACAAGAAAAGUUCUGGAAGAUGUACGGGGGCAAGGCGUGGUAUGAUGCGCUACGGAAGAAAUAUAAUGCUGAACAUCUGCCGACGGUGUGGGAUAAGAUCCAUGUGGACGCCGAUAAGGCGGGCAAGAAGCAGAGACAUUGGUUGUUGGCUACGAAGCCGGUUGGUGGGUUUUAUGGCAUUUGGAAGAGUAUCCAGAGCAAGGAUUAUUUCUUGCAUAGGAAGGCGGAGUGGAAGUGGAAGGAGAAGGGAGAGUAA